AUGUUCGGCAACAAUAACUCAGGCGCCAGCAAAAACCUCUUCGGAUCCGCUGGUGGCGCUAGCAGUCCCUUUGGCUCGAACACAGCUAAUUCAAAUGCCGGGUCCACUGGUCCUAGUUUGUUCGGAAAUGUAGGAGCUACACCCGCCGGAGGCGCAUCUGCUUCGCCCUUUGGAGGAAAUUCGGGUACCCAGAACUCUCUCUUCGGUAGUGGUACCACCAGCAAUACCACCGGCAGCUCAUUCGGUUCCAACACCGCGACCUCAGGCGGUGCCUUCUCAUUCGGUCAAGCUCAGAAACCAGCCGGUCAACCGUCCACCUUGUCGUUUGGUGGAAGCUCGACUCCGGCAAAGACAGAAGCAGCCACACCUAAUGCUACAGCUGGUGGAAACCUAUUCGGUGGAGGCGCUGGUGGUAGCGCAUUCGGAGCCUCGACUACACCCGGCCCCUCGGGAGGAUCUUUGUUUGGCAACAACUCAACCACUCCUGCCGGACCUCCCCCAGCAACGAAGACGCCAAUGUUCGGAGGGGGACUGAAUACCGGUUCAUCGACAACCCCGACCUCGACAACACCUUUCUCUACUACUCCAGCUGCAACCCAGCCGCAGACAUCUGGCGGCCUCUUCGGUACUGCGGCCUCUACAUCGACCACUCCCAAGCCAGCGUUUGGAUCUACUCCUGCUGCCGGCGCAGCUGGCGGUAGUGGUCUCUUCGCCCCAAAGCCCGCUGGAACCUCAACUCCGACCACAGCUGCGGACAGUACCCCGAAGCCCAGUCUAUUCGGAACUACGACUCCGGCUGCAGGCGCCGCGCCAAGUACACAAGGAUCUUCACUUUUCAAGAUGCCCUCUGCUGGGGGCGACUCAGCCGCAAAGCCUGCAUUUUCUCUUGGUGGUAAUACUGCAGCUAGCACAGGCGCAUCCACGCCAUCACUGGGAGCCCCUGCAGCUUCGGCCGCUGCCCCCCAAAAGUCGCUCUUCCCUACCCUUGGAGGUACCACAUCUUCCGCUGCCCCGUCAUCCACACCUGCUGCAGCUCCUACUACCGGAUUGUUUGCUCCCAAACCCUCUAUAUCCGCCGCCCCAGGUGCUGCGGCCACCACAUCCGCAUCCGCCACCACUCCAGCUGCCGCGGCUCCUCUUGGGGGCAUGUUCGGUAAGCCCGCUGCUUCAACACCGUCUACUCAGCCUGCGGCUGCCACUACGACAGCCGCUGCUGAUAAAGCCACUACCGCAACUGCAGCUCCGUCUACGACUGCCACUGCUGGUGCUCCAGCUGGUACUGGUGCCAAUGUUCUUGGGCAGUCAACCACAGGGCCAGCUCCGCCAGCCCAGUCACGGCUCAAGAACAAGACCAUGGAUGAGAUCAUUACUCGAUGGGCAACAGAUUUGACCAAAUAUCAAAAGGAGUUCCGUGAGCAGGCGGAGAAGGUUGCUGAGUGGGAUCGUAUGCUGGUGGAGAACGGAACCAAAGUGCAGAAGCUGUAUGGCAGCACUGUUGAUGCAGAGCGCGCUACUCAGGAGGUCGAGCGUCAAUUGGCUUCCGUGGAAGGCCAACAGGACGAGCUAAGCUCGUGGCUGGAUCGUUACGAACGCGAAGUGGACGAGAUGGUGUCAAAGCAAGGAUCUCCCGGCGAGAACAUGGCGGGUCCGGAUCAGGAGCGCGAGAGAACAUACAAAUUGGCCGAGAAGCUCUCCGAGCGUCUGGAUGAGAUGGGCAAGGAUCUGACCAGCAUGAUCGAAGAGGUGAACAGUGCCUCAGCAAGCCUAUCCAAGACCAACCGAGCAGACGAACCUAUCUCCCAAAUUGUUCGCAUUCUCAACUCGCACCUGUCUCAAUUGCAGGUCAUCGACCAAGGUACAUCCGAGCUGCAGGCCAAGGUUGCCGCAGCUCAAAAGGCUGGCCAGUCGAUCUCCUCCCGGCUUGGCUACGGGUAUGCUAGCCCCGGCUUGGGCGGAGGUCAGGCCGCGGAUGAUUUCUACCGCUCGUACAUGGGACGGAGGUAG